UGUUUUUAUUAAAGAUGACUUUUUCAACUGUAUGCAUUAUCUUGUAAACCCUCCACGAACCUUUCAGCGUAUAUGAUCACGUGAUAUAUCAUGUGACUGUAGUCAUGUGAUAUUUGUCUAUUUUAUUCUCAGCCUGAACUGGGUGCUUAUUGUAUGUCAACAUGUACAGUUACAACACGUGUAUCUUGUUGAUAUAUUUGAUGCUGAAGGUAAAAGAAGGAUGCACAAACGAAACCCCAAAUGUCAUUGUGAUGUUGAUGGACGAUAUGGGUUGGGGAGACCUUGGCGUGUUUGGAGAGCCCAGUAAAGAGACCCCAAACCUGGACAGGAUGGCCAGUGAGGGAAUGCUGUUUACUGACUUCUACUCCGCAAACCCUCUGUGUUCUCCCUCUCGUGCCGCCAUGUUGACGGGGAGACUACCUAUCAGAAACGGUUUCUACUCCACUAAUGCCCAUGCUAGGAAUGCCUACACCCCCCAGAACAUUGUGGGAGGUAUAGCAGACUCUGAAAUCCUCCUGCCAGAACUUCUAAAUAAAUUAGGAUAUCACAACAAAAUUGUUGGUAAAUGGCACCUGGGCCAUCUGCCCCAGUACCAUCCCCUCAAACAUGGCUUUAAUGAGUGGUUUGGUGCCCCUAACUGUCACUUUGGGCCGUACGAUGACGUCCACACUCCAAACAUCCCAGUCUAUCGUGAUGCACUCAUGGCCGGCAGAUAUUAUGAAGAUUUCCAGAUUGAUAGGAAGACAGGAUUAUCCAACCUGACGAUGAUGUACUUAGAUGAAGCUGUGCAGUUCAUUGAACAACAAUACUCAAAUAAGCAGCCAUUUUACCUGUACUGGACUCCUGACGCCACACACGAGCCUCUGUAUGUGUCACAAAAAUUCCUCAACACCAGCAGACGUGGAUUGUAUGGGGAUGCAGUGCGAGAACUUGACUAUGCAGUUGGAGAAAUCCUGAAAACUCUGGUAAAACUAGGACUUGACAAAAACACUUUUGUAUUUUUCUCAUCAGACAAUGGAGCAGCUACUUAUGCCAAAACCUCAGGUGGUAGUAAUGGGCCAUUCCUUUGUGGUAAAGAGACAACAUUUGAGGGUGGUAUGAGGGAGCCAGCUAUUGCGUGGUGGCCAGGAAAAAUUUCGCCAGGCCAGGUGUCCCAUCAGGUGGGGUCAUUGAUGGACCUAUUUCCUACUGUGCUUGACCUAGUGGGUAUCCAACCACCUUCUGACAGACCAAUUGAUGGCAUCAGUCUCAAAGAUACACUUUUACAAAACACUCAAGUUCACAGGCCAGUGUUUUACUAUCGUGGGAACACGUUGAUGGCAGUACGUCUGGGUGAUUAUAAGGCACACCUCUGGACCUGGACUAAUUCUAUACAGGAGUUUAACAGGGGUGUUAACUUCUGUCCUGGAGAAGAGAUACAGAACGUAACAACACAUGAUCAGGUCGAACACGAUCCAUGGUUACUGUUCCACAUCAACAGGGAUCCAGGCGAGAAAUACUUCAUCAAAUCUACCACUGAGGAAUACAAGAAAGUGAUUCCAGAAAUACAGGGGGUUGUAGCUGUCCACCUCAAACACCUGGUACCCGGCACACCACAGCUCAACAUGUGUGAUGAUGCUAUUAUGAACUGGGCGCCCCCUGGAUGUGACAAGGGAGGUAACAAGUGCUAUUCCCCACCUUCUCCAAAACCACACAAGUGUUCAUGGCCUCACUAGUAAAUAUGGAAGACUGCUCAUAUCUGUGAUACUCGGAAACUACACUGCUGGUACAGGCCAUACAACUAUCAACAAUCUCAAAGUGGAGUAGAAUCUCAGGAAGUACAAUCCAAAGGAAAAUCUCAAAUGAUACAACCAAGACAAGACGCAUAGUUGACUGACUUAUUUAUUUAGCUUUUGAAGAAAUACUUAAGUGCUAUUCCACAUUAUGAUUAUACACGGAGGCCUUUUUAUUAAUGUUUUAAUGGUGUUGGGGUCUGAAAUGAUUGACAGGUUUUGUAGUGAGGACAGGGGAAAACAUUUAAAUGUAGGUGGACCCCAAAAUGGGAAUGAGGGUUAAUCUUACUCCUUUAGUACUGGUGAAGGGAUUUUUAACCUAAUUAGACAAGGGGCAUUCCAUGGUCAAGGGAAUUAAUUAACAUCAAAUAAUUGAAAGUUUUGGCAUCUUUCAGUUUCAGAAGGGGAAAAGGAAACAGUUACUGAUCUUUAAAAGACUACUUUAAUUUGAGUCAGAAAUGUCAUCUUGUUCGGAGAUGAAAGCUGCGACAACCCCUGGGGUAGAUGGCAUCUUAAAGUACUGAUGCAGGUAUUUUAACCAACUUUUGCUUUAAGUGGGCAUUUAUUUUUGUAUAACCCUGUCAGAUUAGAUGGGUUUAACCCAUAAAGGGAAAAAUGAGUAGUUGAACAGGUCAACUAUGUCAUGCUUUACAUAGGUUUUAUCGUAUUUUAUCCAUUGCUAAUUGUGGAAAUCUCAGAAUUUUGAUCUUUAUUCUCCUAAAUAUCAAUUAUUAUACAUGUAUUUAGUAAAGUGCAAUAAUUGCAUUAUAUUGUAUAAAUCUGCUGUCAGUUCAGCUGACAUUAAAUACUUGUACACUGUAUUGUCAUGUUGACAUUCAGUCCGUCUCAGUGCUGUCUCUACCAUUGUGCUUGUUUCAAUAUCACUUUGAAAUAGCUAAGCCUUGAAACUGAUAGCUUUUUUUCAAAAUAGUGAUCUGAUCAUUUUUCUUCCACUGCAAUUUCUCAUAUUUCCUUUCACAUCAACUUACAGGCAGUCACAACAGCGACACUGUAUUGCUGGACAAAUUCGAAGUUGAAUGUUAUUUUUCCACAUUUUGUGCCAUACCUAACUUGAAAAAAGUCGUUUCUGUAAUCUUAUGUUCUGCUGGUGUACCUGUUGCUUCAUGUAUCACUGGGCUGUUGUUGUACAUACCCAGUAUGUGGAAUCAUUCUGGAA